GACUUAAACCAAAGAUAACAGAGAACACCACCGGAUUGAUGGAGGAUUUAAAUGGUGACAAUCUUGAUAUUUUGUCUCGAUUUGAGUCGAAUAACUACGACCGAAUGAAAGAAUUGAAGGCUUUCGAUGAGACUAAAGUCGGAGUAAGUGCCUUAGUUGAUGCAGGAAUUAAAGAGAUCCCAAGGAUUUUCAUUUCCACAACAGCCGCGGAAGAUGACAUGAAGAAGAAGGUCGGAUCAUCAUCGAAAGAAUUUAGCAUCCCUGUUAUAGACCUCGGAGAAAUCAAGAAAGGGGAUGAUCAUCAACGAAAAAUGAUCGUUGAUCAAGUCAUAAGUUCAUGUGAGAAUUUAGGUUUCUUUCAAAUAGUUCUAAAAGAAAAAUCUAACUACUUGAGUAAUUUUGAUAUUUUCGAAGCACCAUCCGCUAACUGGAGGGACACUUACUACUGUUCCAUGGCUCCCACACCUGCAAAACCGGAAGAAAUUCCAAGUAUUCUAAGGGAUACUAUGAUGAAGUACUCAGAUCAUAUAGAAAAAUUAGGUUUGGAAGUGUUCGAGUUAGUCUCUGAGGGUCUGGGAUUAAAGCCAAACUAUCUCAAGGACAUGAAUUGUGCUAAAGGUUGGGCUCUCCUAUGUCACUACUAUCCAGAGUGUCCCCAACCGGAACUCACUAUUGGCACAUCAAAACAUGUUGAUUCAGAUUUUCUCACUAUACUGCUACAAGAUAAUCAUAUUAGUGGUCUGCAAGUACUCCAUAAGAAUCAAUGGGUUGAUGUUCCUCCUGUGCCUGGUGCACUCAUUGUGAACGUCGGUGAUCUUUUGCAGCUUAUGUCCAAUGAUCGGCUUAAGAGCGUGGAGCACAGGGUCCUGGACAACCUUGAAUAUCCCCGAGCAUCAGUUGCAUGUUUUUUCCAUGGCACACAUCUGGAACAACCAACAAGGAAGUCUGGACCUAUUAGCGAGUUGUUGUCAGAAUCCGACCGUCCUAAAUAUCGCGAAACAACGAUAGACGAGUAUAUAAGAAACUAUAAUGCAAAAGGUCUUGACGGAAAAUCCGCACUAACAUUAUUCAAGCUUUGA